UACGUGCAGAGAGAGGACUGCUAUUUGGCUUGUUCUGCCUCUGUCCCCUUUGGUGGACAGGCUGGUUUUGUGGCAGGUGUGCUGGACUUGUACCUCUGCUGGCCACUCGCGGGAGAGGGUCAGCAAAGCUCCUAAGACACUCAGCAAUCAUGAAUCCCAACGAUCCCUCUAGUGGGUUCCGGCACGGCAAAGUGUUAAUGUUCAUCAAUGAGCAAAUGUCCAAGCACACAAAAGGCCCCGAGUUCUACUUUGAGAACCUGGCCCUGUCCUGGGAGGAGGUGGAAGAAAAGCUCAGAAUCCUCCUGGAGGAUGGCGAGAUGCCUAGCCAGGCUCGGGAAGCCUGUGCCUGGGGCAGCCUGGCCUUGGGUGUUCGCUUUGCUUGGAGGCAAGGCCACUUGCAGGGGCGCAGAGUGCAAUGGCUUCACGACUUUGCCACCCUGCACAGGUCAGCGGCACAUGCCUUGGCAUCAGACCUGAAGAAGCUCACAGACCAGCGAGAGAUUGAACGCAAGGAGGCAGCCUUCCAACUUCAGCUGGCCCACACCAAACUGGCAGAGGUGCAGAGAGAGCGAGACCUGCUGAGACUGAAGCUACUACACGCGGAGCUGAGGGCCUUUCCAGUUGCAGAGAUGCCAGUCGUGACUAGAGCCCCUGCUACUGCUCAAGGAGCAAAGACAGAGACACCAAAUGCAGACAAGAAAGAAGAGGUGACAGCUAGUGAUAAAGCAGUUCGUGAACCAGAAAAGGAGAUGGAAGGGGCUACAGCCAUGGCUGCUUCUGGGGAGCUGGCAGGCACAGGAGAGCUGGAAGGAAUCACCCGGGAUCAUUUUGGAGCGGUGGAGUGGAAAAAUUAUCCCUUGGGCUUGAAGGAGGAGGGAGAAGAGGGGAAAAAGGGAGAGGACAGGGAAGGGGAAGACAAGUCUAUGGAAAUACCUACAUGUUCUGACUCUGAGCCCUUAGAUCUCAGCAGGUCCACAGGCUCCCCACAACCUGUCACAAUCCAACUCCCUGACUCAUUCACAUACUCAUAUGAAAGCCCCUUCCCAGUCACACCCACCCCAUCCCCGCCACUAAGCAUUGUCACAGAGCCUCAGAUGCCUCCCUAUUUCAUGGCCACUGAUAUGAAUAUGUCUGACACUGAGGGCCCGACAGUAUACCUCCAAGAACUCCCGAAAGAUAGUCAAGAUAGCCAGCUACAGAGAAAUAUGGCACUUCACAGGCCUGGGGAUUGGGAUUGCCCUUGGUGUAAAACUGUGAAUCUUUCAGAGAAGGAAAACUGCUUCCGCUGUGGGAAGCUAAGCUGGCUGCAAAGCCCUCAGUGAGUUCAGAAAUGUGAUACAGAGUAGAAAUUUCCCAUAGGGAAAUCAAUUUCCAGAGGUGGGAAAAGUAGAAUGGGAGGGGUUUCAUGGGAAUGGAGAGGGGAAAACGGGAUGAGUACAGAUGGUGUGGGAGGGAAAAGUUUUGAUUUCUUUUGUGUUCCAGAUAAUUAGCAUUCAACACCUCAGAACUGCUUCACCUUUGUGUUUGUGUGUGUUUAUGUAUAUGUGUGUAUACUAGAACAUUCUCAUAUCAAACCAUUUUUCUUUUAUAUCUUGAUUUUUGUUUCUAUAAAAACAAACAAACAAACAAAAAAACAAAAACAAGGUCUCAUCUAGCCCAGACUGGCCUCAAACUUACUAUGUAGCCAAGGAUGACUGACUCCACUUCUUAAGUGUUGAGAUUAUAAGUGUGUAUUACCAUGCCUGGCUCAGAAAUGUAGUUUCAAAACAGCGCACCAUUAAAGAACAUAAUGGAAUUAGCAGGGGAAUUGAAGAAGCGGAGAGCACGCAGUGAGGAUUCCUUUAUCCCAAGUCUCCAGGAAUGAACUGGGUAGGAUGCCUAUGUUCUGAGGGAAUUCUAUUACCAGAAACAGGUCAAGCCUCAGCUAGUUGUUCCCAGGGAUGAACUGGAUAGGAGGCUCACAUUCUGAGAGAGAAAUAAUACAAGAAAUAAAGCCAUCAAAUGAAGCUGGAGAUGGGUUAACCUCGGAUUUAUGCGUGACUCAAAUUAACUUGGCAGAGAUUUGCCACCCCUAUGAGAAUUAUGAAAGAGUAUGGAGGAUGCCAGCACCAGAUGCAAGCAAGGAAUUCUGUGAUUGUACAGCCUUUUACCAGAACUCUUCCCUAGUUCUCAGUGGGCAGAACCAUGGACAGAUCUGAACAGGAAACUCCACUGCUCCAAGUCCUCAGGUAGAAGAAGGACUGUACCUGGACCAGACUGAGACACAACUGGAAGAAUCCUGACCAACCUGGAGAACAAGAACCCUUUGUGGUAUGGUUGUCUGCUGUUGGUGACGGUAUAGUUAUCUUCAGGAUUGGAGGCCAGAACUCCAGUCUGCAAUUUUUUGAACAUCCUUUGGGCUUGUUCAGCUCCCUCUACUGCAGGGUUUCCUAAUCUCAUUGCACUUGACAUCUGGUUUUGAACAGUUCUUUGCUGUGGGGUAAGAGUUCCUGUGCAUUGUAAGGAGUUCAGCAGAUUCCUAGCCUCUACCCACAGUAUGUCUCUGUGACCCACUCCCUACCCCUUCAGUUUUGACAACCAAAACUGCCUCUACAUAGUGCUGCAUGUCCACUGGAGGGCAAAAAAACAACCUGAGUUGGCAACCUGUCAGGCAGUGAAAUGCUUAGCCUGGGAACAGGUAAAGAAUCAAAAGACAAGGAUACAGAGGCUGAAGCUGACUGAAAAAUGUCCACUGGGUCUGGUGUUUACUUUGGAUCGUCAAGAAAAUUCAGGGUGGUGUGAAACUAAAGUGCCAGGAUUGAGGAGUGAGGGGAACUUCUACACCAAUAAUUUCCAACCUUCCUAAUGCUGCAACCCUUUAAUACAGUUCCUCAUGUUGUACUGACCCCCAACCAUAACAUUACUUUCAUUGCUACUUCCUAACUGUAAUUUUGCUACUCUUAUGAGUCGUAAUGUAAAUAUUUGUGUUUUCCAAUAGUCUUAGGUUACCCCUGGGAAAGGGUUGUUUGACCUCUACCCCUAAAGGGGCCGAAACCCCCAGUUUGAGAGCCAAUUCUGUCCAAGGACUCUAGGCUAUGAAAGGAAGAAGUCAAGUGAGAUACAAGGUUAAGAGAGGGCUAUUCUGUCACUUAGUACAUGCUUGGGAAAAGGUAUCUGGGUGAGAUAUCUGAUAAGCAUGUCAACUCUAAUAAGGGCAGUACUUUUGCAGAGAUUUCCUGAAGUAAAACAAUCCAUCCUGCAGGAAAGCUCCUUAAGACUGAGAUGUUCUAAAGAAAGACACAUUAGUAGAAACGUGGGUCGUUAAGGCAGUAACAGAGAAAGCUUUAAACCCAAGAAGAGAAAAAAUGAUCUUGUGUACUGGAUAGCUGUGUGGGAGGUGUAGCCAAUGGUAUUAAAAGAAAAACAGUACUAUGAAAGGGAUCAUUUUGUUUUGUGUAAAAUAAAAAACUUAAGGUUCUUAGGUAUAUAUACGUGUGUUAUAUAGAAAUAUGUUACGAACUUUUCAUUUUGUAUCCAGAAAACUUACAUUUCAAUAUUAAUUGAAAUGGUGUGGAAAGACAUUCAGCAAACAAGGUUAUCAGCAGGGAACAGAAGGCAGUGUGGUAUGGGAUAUAAGAGGACAGGGAAGUUUGAGUAAAAGGAUUUUCUUUCUUUAUGUACCUAUGUUUUGAAAGUAGUAAGAUGUUCACAAAAAUAAAGAAAAUUA